AUGUGGUCUUCAGCCCAAUCCAACCGGCAUUCAACCAACGCUCGAAUCUCAUCACAAAGAAUUGGGAGGAGAUCACAAGGCAACGCCAACAGACAAAAUUCUUCCAACCGACCUUCAGGUGAACGACUCGAGAAUGACGUGAACACGCCCUUGCCUCCUUAUAUUAGACGCCCUCCGCGCCACAUUCGUGAAAGGGACGUGCAAUAUUUCACCGAGAAAGAUGCACUCACGAUCCCAGACGACGAAUUCCGGGAUGAAUUGCUCGGGACUUACGUAAAAAUCAUACAUACCUUUAUGCCUGCGCUCGACUUUGACAAAUUCGUCAUGCUUGUAAUAAAAUCGGAUGGUUCAGAACCCGUCAGUCUGCUCCUAUUUCAAGCUGUCAUGUUUGCAAGCGUCAUCUUUGUUAAUUCCGAAAUCCUUCGCCCACGCAGAUUCUCCAGCAGGAAGGCGGCAAGGAAAGUGUUUUUCAGCCGUGUCCGCAUACUUUAUGGCCUGGAUUGUGAGCCGGAUCCUUUGACACUAGUCCAGGCUCUGCUUCUUAUGACCUACUGGUACGACUCGCCAGAUGACGAAAAGGACACUUGGUAUUGGAUGGGAAUCGCUUUAUCCCUCACACAAGUACUUGGCCUACACAGAGAUCCAGAAACUUCAAAUCUUUCUCCACAAGAAAAGCGGUCACAACAGAGGAUCUGGUGGUCGUGCUAUAUUCGAGAUCGGGCGCUUGCCCUGGGUAUUCGUCGUCCUGCCCGGAUCCGCGAGGCAGAAUACCUAGUUUCCAUGCUAAAGCUCCAUGAUUUUGAUAUGGUCCAGCAUUCGCCAGAGCUUUUAGGUUUUUUCAAAGCUUGCGGCUUCACAACUGUUGAGGAAGAUAGGAGCGAGGUUAUAUGUCAGAUAUGCAUCGAGCUCGCGAAGCUCUGUGCCUGCAUUGGCGAGAUCCUACAUACCCGAUACUCGGUCAUUAGCAGGGAACCGAUCAACUACGAAUCUUGUAAAAACAUUGCAGUCUUGCCUAGAGAUUCGAACCAGCAGAUGCUGGAUUUGACCAGAUGUGAUUCCAUGCUCGAGGAGUGGAACAUGAAUCAGAAGGCUACUUCUUACGUAGCGGGAAAUGAUUGGGACAAUUGGGUAAAGAAACUGAUUUGGCUGCACCAGGCGCUACUUCGCAUGACGUAUCUUUCAGCUAUUGGAGCACUUCAUCGACUACGAGCACUGACUUCCCUGUCCUCGCCAUCGGUUUCGAGUCCAGGGUUGGUGGACAUGAUUGCUGCUAAGAAGGCGUCGAUGCGCAAGGUUAGAGAAACGGCAGUAUCGAUGACGAAUCUAGCCUUCGAUCUGCAGUCUAAAAAAUUUCUUCGCUAUUUCUCAACAAGUAGUGUGCCAGCGUUCUUGUCUGCAACGCUUAUACAUCUUCUUGACGUUGUUGUUCGGCCGAACCAGUAG